AUGGAGAACUCAGUCACCCCUGAGGGGCCCGUCUGUGCCAUGUCCAGGGUCCCGAAUGAGAUAUGGACCCGGGUAUUCCAUGCGUUGGACUUCGACUACCGCGCGCUAUGGGCUGUUUAUGGGACCUGCGCCCAGUUUCAUCAAUGUGUUCAACCCGCAUUGUUCUACCACCUGCAUGUUCACUUUGUUGAAAACACCAUUCGUGAGCUAAGGCCCUUUGACAAGAGAAUUGCAUAUCAUAGGACCUGGGUCCAGUUCAAGGAUGUCCGUGUUUUGGAGAUUUCUGACGGUUACACACACAUCGAAUGCAUGACUCGCGUCACCCGCUCCCUUCAUAGCCUCUUUGAGCUGAUUCCCAGAGUGAAGGUUAUUAAGUGGAGGUCACGCAUUGAAAUCAACGAGUCGAUACUCGACAUGCUCAAAUUUCUUCAACGACCGGUUAUCAUAGAUAUCCAGGGUGCACAGGAGAUAUUCAUCUACAACGCAACCAUUUUCCGCAUGUUGCAAGUUUGCCCGUUGCUUCACAUCCGAUCGCUUGACCUCAACUUAGAGCACUGGGACCAGGAACACCAGGAAUUGAAGAGAUCUCUCUUUCCCAUCUGCUCGCUGGUCACGUUGGAAGCACUGACCUUGACUUAUCGUGCGAUCGCGCCCAGUUUCAAAGUAUGCACCAUCACCAUUCCAUCUGGUGCCAGACUAGCGCGAUUAAAAUCCCUCCGUCUCUACAAUAUCUAUAUCAGAGGGGCUGGUGGAAGUGACUGGACGAGGUGCCUCCAAGGCACAGCUUUACGCCACCUAACCAUUGACGGCUACUUCAUCACCAUGAUGCCGCUGAAGCAACUUGCCGGCAAAGUGCCGAAUCUGAAAUCGCUGUCGGUCCGUCUUCGUAACGAAGAGGAUCAGAUUAGCCAGCCGGUGCCAUUCGAGACCAGAGCGACAUUCCUGGAUGAUGCUAGUCCCAGCAUGUGUUUUAUUCUGGGGUCAUUUCUGCGCGGGGUGCGUGCCCUGGAAGAGUUUAAUGGAUACGAUCUUCCCGUUACCACGCUGAACGACCUGAUGCUAUUUCAAGGAACUUACCUUCGGACUCUCCGGUUCCGCGAUACGGUUAUCCGCGAGACCGAUCGUGGUUCGGGAAGCGUUUUUUUCGGAUGUGAGCAACUUGUGUGGAUGAUCCACCAGCUGCCGGUUCUCAAGAGACUGGGAGUUACGAUGGCCAUCGGAAGGGAGACCGUUCCGAUGCUCAACUACAUUGCACGCUUCCCACUCCUCACUCACCUGGAGAUCAACACCCCACCCGAAGCCUUCCUAGACGAGGAACCCGCCUCCCCGUCCGAUACCAAUUCCUCCAAUGCUACUCGAGCAAAUAUUUGA